CCGCCGCGCGGACGCCUCGGCAGCUACGGCCGCGGGGCCGCGGCGGUCGCCGGCUCGGCCCGCCCCCUUCUCCGCGCCCCGCCCCGCGCCAACGCCGGCCCGGCUGCUGUCAGCUCCCUCAGCGUUGGACCGAGCCGCGGUGCAUGCUGAGCCGUUGCGGCCGCCGGCUGCUGCACGUCCUAGGCCUUAGCUUCCCGCUGCUGACGCGCCGGCCGCUUUUCCUCUGCCCGCACUGCCUCAUGAGGCCGCAGGUCGUGUUCGUCCUCGGCGGUCCCGGCGCCGGCAAGGGGACCCAGUGCGCCCGCAUCGUUGAGAAAUAUGGCUACACACACCUUUCUGCAGGAGAACUUCUUCGUGAUGAAAGGAAGAACCCAGAUUCACAGUAUGGCGAACUCAUUGAAAAGUACAUUAAAGAUGGAAAGAUUGUGCCAGUUGAGAUAACCAUCAGUUUGUUAAGGAGGGAAAUGGAUCAGACAAUGGCAGCCAAUGCUCAGAAGAAUAAAUUCUUGAUUGAUGGAUUUCCAAGAAAUCAAGACAACCUUCAAGGUUGGAACAAGACCAUGGAUGGGAAGGCUGAUGUAUCUUUUGUUUUGUUUUUUGACUGUAAUAAUGAGAUCUGUAUUGAACGAUGCCUUGAGAGGGGAAAGAGUAGUGGUAGGAGUGAUGACAACAGAGAGAGCUUGGAGAAGAGAAUUCAAACCUAUCUUCAGUCAACAAAGCCAAUUAUUGACUUAUAUGAAGAAAUGGGGAAAGUCAAGAAGAUAGAUGCUUCUAAAUCUGUUGACGAAGUUUUUGACGAAGUUGUGAAGAUUUUUGACAAAGAAGGCUGAUUCUAAACCUGAAAGCAUCCUUGAAAUCAUGCUUGAAUCUUGCUUUGAUAGCUGCUAUCACAACCCCUUUUUAAGACAAUUUUAAUCUUUCAUAAUUACAUCUCAGUUAGUGGCUGGAAAGUACAUAGUAAGACAAAUUAAAUUUUUUAUCUUCAGUUUUAAUUUUUUUUUCUUUCUGUCGCUGGAGUAGAUUGUUAAUUCGGUUCUAACUUCAUCUUAGCUAUGGUGCUCACAAAACAAAGAAGAAUAUUAGCUGGUUCUUUGUUUUUAUUCAAAAAGAAUAUCCCUUUUAUAGUUUGUGCCUUCUGUGAGCAAAACUUUUUAGUAUACCCUUCGGUAAUUACAACAUGUUUGGAUUAGGGAUUCCCCAUGUCUUCUUUCUCUUGCAGGUUUUAAAUUUCCAGCCUGUUAAGGGAAUUUGUGGACCAAAUUCCAAAAGAACUUUUUGUGUAGUUAGUUCUUGCACAAUGUGUUUGGUAAACAAACUCAUAAAGUGAAUUGCUAGAAAUGUUUUAGUAUUUAUCAAAUAACUGACCAUUUCCUAUACAAAGGGAAGACAGCUUAGGCUUUAUUUCACUACAACUUGUACAAAGUUGUGUGACAGGACAGUCUUUGCUUCCAGGGAUUAGGAUGGGGGCGCUGGGGAUUCAGAGCCUGGCAGAAUUGUCAGCUUUAUUCUGACAUAAAUCUGAGGACGUAAGGGGCAAGGAUCACAUCUAAUGACAUGGUCCUUAUGCUCUAUUAUAUAGUGUUGUUAAUGAAACUGAUCUUAACAAAAUUCCCAGCCGUGGAACCUUGAAAUGCAUGUAUUUAGAUUUAUGGUAAAAUGAGUCAGUCAGCAAUUUAGUAAUACUUCAAAGUUUUUUUGUUUGUUUUCUAGACUAAGUAUAGGGUUAGUAUAAAGCAGAAAAAAAUCUAAUGGUUAAAUUUCCCAUUUGAAUUUUAUUUUCUUGAAUACUUAAAAAUCAUUGCACUUUGGUCAGAAAAAUAAUAAAUUUAUCUUAUAAAUGUUUGAUUCCCUUCUUGGCUACUUUUAUUCAAUAAAUUCUUUUAUGGCAUUAUGUUGAAGCAUCGAAAGGUACAGAAUUUAAAAAAAAAAGCUAUAGAGUCUAAGGGAAUUUUCUGUUAAAUCCAUUCUUCCUUUAAAAAUCUCUGAGAAAUUUCUUUUCUCCUUUCUUAUCUUUUUCUGCUGUCACUAGUGCAAAGUGGUAUCCAAGGUUCUUAAUAUGAGAUUUAUUAUAAUAUUUCUCAUUUUCAGCACUUAUACUGUUUGGUAUACAGGGUUAAAUUGGGCAAGGAAUUUUGACUUUGUAUAAUUAGAUUUUAUAUUUAAAGUCAUCGAGAGUAGUGGGACAACUUAUGGAUGUUCUUUUAUUGUAAUAGAUUUAUUUAUUUCUAUGUGUAUUAUGAAAUUCACUUACUAAUGAUAAAUUUUCAACAUACGUGACAUAGAACACAAAAUAUUCGUAAGUAUUGUAACAUAUUAGCCACUAAAAUUUGUGUUGAGAUUAUCUUGGUUUCUUGGAAGAGUUUGUAAUGAAUUCUGACCUUGUGAUUUGGUCUAGCCAAUACAGAGGGAUUUUACUGGUAGUUUUAAUCAAACAGCUGAAGUAUGAAGCAAGAGUAAAGACUCAAGAUCUUGAGAACAUUCCUACUCACACAAGUGAAGAAAUCCAUCAGAUGGGGAUCUAAAUAUUUAUAUUGAUAUUGUGAAAGCAACUUUAAGGUUUUUAAGAAGACUGCUGAGUCUAGGUCCUUUGCUUUCUCCCAUCAAAUAUCUUUCAGUGGCAUUUUGAGAACAAAACUCAAGAAGCAUAGUAAUUAGAAUUACUGAAUUUUGAGGCUUUGCUUUUUGUUUGCUUUUAAAGUAGAAAAACAUGUUGGCAAUAUUGAGUUUAAGAGGUGAUUGAGAUACAACUGACUUUACUAGUUUGGUCAUUCCAUUUAUUAAAGAUACAGUCAUCAAGAAGUUUUUGACUUUAAAGACCCCAAUGGAAGCCUUGCUAUUUUUUAAAAAAGUAACAACAUUAUUUUCAUUCGGUGAUGUUGGUUGUGUAUGAAUUAUUUAGUAAAUAAUCUCAAUAAAUUUUGUGCUAUGGCCUUUGC